GCGAGCGCCCGAGCGCAGCCAGGUGUCUCGCCCGCCUCCGGCCCGGCCGGCCAAUGCGACCUGCUGACAGAGCUCGCGCCGCAGCAGGAAGGUGACGCGAUCGAUGGUGGCGAGGUGCGCGCUCGCCGACGCCGGCGGGUUCCGGCUCUGGCCGAUCUUCUCGGCCGCCGCGCUGCGGAGGAAGGUGCUCGAGGUCCUCACGUGCGGCGGCGGCGGCGGCGGCGGCGGCGGCGGCGGAGCGGAUGGGGGCGGCUCCUGCCGCGGGCGGACGCCGUACCGGUCGCCGCAGCGGAUGCCGAGGCCGCGCCCGCGCUCGGACAGGCUCGCGGAGCUGCUCAGGGCGGAGGAGCCCUCCGAGUGCGGCGGCGGCGACGACGACGGGGCCGACGCGGUGGCCAGGAAGGUGGAGGCGCUCGAGGAGCUGAAGGGCGUCGUGGGGGCGCUCCAGGCCGGCGGGGGCGAGCCGUGCAUGUCCCGCGUCGAGGCGGCGGCGGCCGUGCGGAGGAAGGCCAAGGACGACGCCGCCGCGAGGGAGAUGCUCGCGAUGCUCGGCGCCAUCCCGCCGCUCGUCGCGAUGCUGGACGACGGCGGCGACGGCGGGGAGGAGGAGGAGGUCACGGCCGCCGCGCUGUACGCGCUGCUCAAUCUGGGGAUCGGCAAUGACACGAACAAGGCGGCGAUCGUGCAGGCCGGCGCCGUGCACAAGAUGCUCCGCAUUGUGGAGGGCGCCGCGUCCGCCGCGCUCACGGAGGCCGCCGUCGCCAACUUCCUCUGCCUCAGCGCGCUCGACGCCAACAAGCCCGUCAUCGGCGCGUCCGGCGCCGCGCCGUUCCUGGUGCGCGCGUUCCAGGGCGCGUGCUCCACCGAGCAGGCGCGCCACGACGCGCUGCGCGCGAUCCUGAACCUCUCCAUCGCGCCCGCCAACGCGCCGCACCUGCUAGCGGCCGGGCUCGCGCCGGCGCUGGUGGCGUCCGUCGGGGACGCGCCCGUCACGGACCGCGCGCUCGCCGCGCUCUGCAACCUCGUGGCGGCCUGCCCGGAGGGCCGCCGCGCGGUGAGCCGCGCCCCCGACGCGGUGCCGUCCCUCGUCGACGUGCUCAACUGGGCCGACGAGCCCGGGUGCCAGGAGAAGGCGGCCUACGUGCUGAUGGUCCUGGCGCACCGGAGCUACGGCGACCGCGCCGCCAUGGCCGAGGCCGGCGCCACGUCCGCGCUCCUGGAGCUCACGCUCGUGGGCACGGCGCUGGCGCAGAAGCGCGCGUCCAGGAUCCUGGAGAUCCUCCGCGCCGACAAGGGCAAGCAGGUGGCCGACGACGCCUCGGGCGUCGUGGCGACGGUGUCGGCGCCGCAGGAGCGCGGGUGCCGCGGGGAGGAGGCGGCGGACGGGGAGCCCGCGGACGCCGGCAUGAGCGCGGAGAAGCGCGCCGUGAGGCAGCUGGUGCAGCAGAGCCUGCAGAGCAACAUGCGCCGCAUCGUGCGCCGCGCGCGGCUGCCGCAGGACCUCGCGCCGGCGUCGGCCGAGAGCCUCAAGGCGCUCACGGCGUCCUCAACCUCCAAGAGCCUGCCGUUCUAGGAGACCAUGCCAAGCUCCCACCGGAACAGAAAAACACAGCAGGGAAGAGGCCAGGAGAUUGAUGAGGAGACUUUGCUGCACUCCGCACUGCAUUCCAUUACAUGCGUCGGAGACCGGGAAUCUUUGGAGCUCCUGCCGAGCGGAGUGAUUAGAAGAUGGGCUAAUCUAAGCACUUUGUUUAUCGGCUGCUCGCUUGCUCGUCGCCCCUUUCCUCGUGCCUGCUGAUGGAGACCACGUGCUCGGAUGGAUCGAUUCCAAUUCAGAUGCCGGACAGGACCUGGCUUUUGUCCUCCUAAUUGUUUUUUCUUUCCUUUUGUUGAUCGCUUCGAUUGUUCUUCUUUCGCUAUUGUAUAUGGGAAUAGGUUAAGUAGUCUAGUCAUACUACUACAUCUAGUGGUCAGUGCGUCAGCGUUGCUCUUUUAGAUGUGUGCACAUGUUCUCGUGCUGGGGUGUGUGAUAGGGUAGUGGGGAGUUUUAGAAGAACUAGAAAGGGGUUGUAGAAGUUUUCAUAUCUUAAUGCUGGCUCAUUCAUUCAUCA